UGAGCGCUUGAGUGGCGGAUGAAUACAUAUCCUUACACCCCAGGAGAGAGAUAGCGAGAGAGAAAACAACGCCAGUGGAUCUUGCACCCGGGGAAGGUCUAUCGUCUUUACUAGUGUUAUUGGUCUCUGUUUCAACAAACAUGGCUGACCAGCUAACAGAGGAGCAAAUUGCAGAGUUCAAGGAGGCUUUCUCCUUAUUCGACAAGGAUGGAGAUGGUACCAUCACAACCAAAGAGCUGGGUACAGUCAUGCGAUCACUGGGGCAGAACCCUACAGAGGCAGAGCUACAAGAUAUGAUUAACGAAGUCGAUGCAGAUGGCAAUGGAACUAUUGAUUUCCCAGAGUUCCUCACCAUGAUGGCCAGAAAGAUGAAGGAUACAGACAGUGAAGAGGAGAUCCGAGAGGCCUUCCGGGUGUUUGACAAGGAUGGUAAUGGCUACAUCAGCGCUGCAGAACUGCGUCACGUUAUGACGAACCUUGGAGAAAAGCUCACGGAUGAAGAGGUAGACGAGAUGAUCAGAGAAGCAGACAUCGAUGGAGACGGUCAGGUGAACUAUGAAGAAUUUGUACAGAUGAUGACCGCAAAGUGAAGUGUCCUGUCCUUCCUUGCCCUCUUAGAAGAAAACAAAAAUCAGUCAAAUGUUUUACUUACCUCUUGGGGAAAUAUACAUUUAUUCAUAAUGUUUCUGUACAGAAAAUAAUUGAAUGUUGAAAUAAAAUAUCCUUCUGUCCACACAAGGAAAAAAAAAAUCAAAUAUCUGCAUGAAAUGGUUAGUGAUCCUCUCCCCACAGAUCAAUCUAGCAUCAGUUAAUAAGAGUUAAAUAACUACCUAAAAUGGGAAACAAGCAUUUGAUGAACUUGUUAAGUUCCACUUGCCCUUGGUAAUGUUUGGGCUGGCCAUCUUUCUCUUUAUUGUCUGUUUUCUGUCCUUCAUGCAUGCACAUUGAGACUGGAGCUCCUGGAUCUGCCGGUCUGAGAGUGCUUUCCAAUGAAGUGUUGUCAUGUUUGUUUGUUUUGGGAUUUUUUGUAUCUUGAGAGGAACCUUGGAAAAACAGGUUCUCAUAUAAGCUGAUGGUGGAAUGGAAUUUUUAUUGUAUGGUGGGGAUAAUAAUAAACAAAAAAAUAAAUAAAAAGAAAAAAAUACAAAAAAUGACAAAAAAUCUUACACAUUUGGCAUGAGAUUCUCGUGGUUUUGUUUAUUUUAUUUCUUUUUUCCUUGUAUGAGCAUCUGUCUAGCCUCCCACUCCGGUUGAGGGCAAGCAGGUGUGUUGUGGAAGGUUGGCAGUAGUUGGGGUGAGCUUCAUCUUCUCAGUUUCUGCAUUUUGAAUGGUGAUGGCAUUUUGCUCCCUGAGCUUUAAGAGCAUACUGCAAUAGUCUCGGCUCAAGAGUUUGCCAUUGUUUAACUCAGUUCAGUUUGCAUUCAUUCCAAAUUGUACAUGCUUCCCUUUUAUUUUAUUUUAUUUUUUUUCCUUUUUUUUUUUUUUUUCAAAUAAAAAAAAUCCAUGAACUUGAA